AUGUGUCAAGCUACCAAUGGCCCGAGUAGAGUUGUGACUAAAAAGCAUAGGAAAUUUUUCGAAAGACAUCUACAGUUGCUUCCCUCUUCACAUCAGGGACAUGACGUGAACAGAAUGGCGAUAAUAUUCUACUCAAUCUCAGGACUCUCUAUAUUUGAUGUUAACGUUUCUGCGAAGUACGGCGAUCAUCUUGGCUGGAUGCGCAAACAUUAUAUCAAAACAGUGCUGGAUGAUACAGAAAAUACUGUGAUAUCUGGAUUUGUUGGAAGCUUAGUCAUGAAUAUCCCUCACGCAACAACGAUUAAUCUACCAAAUACUCUCUUUGCAUUGUUGUCCAUGAUUAUGCUGAGAGAUUACGAGUAUUUUGAGACUAUACUAGACAAAAGAAGCCUGGCGAGAUUUGUUUCUAAGUGCCAACGACCUGACCGUGGCUCGUUUGUAUCUUGUUUAGACUAUAAGACAAAUUGUGGAUCUUCGGUUGAUUCAGACGAUUUAAGGUUUUGCUACAUCGCAGUUGCCAUUCUGUACAUAUGCGGAUGCCGAUCCAAAGAAGACUUUGAUGAAUACAUUGAUACUGAGAAGUUGCUUGGCUAUAUAAUGUCGCAACAAUGCUACAACGGAGCUUUCGGUGCCCACAAUGAACCACACUCAGGGUACACAUCUUGUGCGCUGUCUACCUUAGCUUUACUCUCUAGUUUGGAAAAGCUAUCAGACAAGUUUAAAGAAGACACCAUAACCUGGCUAUUACAUAGGCAAGUAUCAAGCCAUGGAUGUAUGAAAUUUGAAAGCGAAUUGAAUGCCAGCUAUGAUCAAUCUGAUGAUGGCGGUUUCCAGGGAAGGGAGAACAAGUUCGCUGAUACGUGUUACGCAUUUUGGUGCUUAAAUUCACUACACUUACUAACAAAGGAUUGGAAAAUGCUAUGCCAAACUGAACUAGUCACAAAUUAUUUGCUUGAUCGAACGCAAAAAACAUUAACUGGAGGCUUUAGUAAAAAUGACGAAGAAGAUGCUGAUUUAUAUCACAGCUGUCUAGGGAGCGCUGCGUUAGCAUUAAUUGAGGGGAAAUUUAAUGGAGAAUUAUGCAUACCUCAAGAAAUAUUUAAUGAUUUUAGUAAAAGGUGCUGUUUUUGA